GGACGCGGAAGUGAAGAGGAGCUACACGUUGCCUUCUUUGAUCUGCUUUUAUUGAAAUGCUUAAACAGGCAAUUCAGAUAUAUGCUCGAGUUAAACCAAGCAAGAAACAAGUUGCGCUGUAUUCUGUGGAUGGAGAUGGAUCCUCCCUGGACUUUGAGAUCCCCAAGGAUCUUGCAGAUGGCUUCGUCAACAACAAAAAGGACAAGUAUAGAUUCAGAUUCCAGAAGAUUUUUGAUCAAGCAUGCAAGCAGGACGAGAUUUUUGACACGGUGGCCAAACCUAUCAUUAACAGUGUGUUAGAUGGGUACAAUGGCACUAUCUUUGCCUAUGGCCAGACGGGCAGUGGGAAGACCUUUACCAUCACAGGAGGUGCAGAGCGCUACGCAGACAGAGGAGUUAUCCCCCGUACCCUCUCCUACCUGUAUCAGCACUUCACACAGGACAGUAGCAAGAUAUACACAACUCAUAUAUCUUACCUGGAAAUCUACAAUGAAACCGGUUACGACCUGCUGGACCCGCGACAAGAGGCGUCUUCACUCGAAGAUCUGCCAAAGGUCACCAUCCAUGAGGACACGGAUCAGAACAUCCACUUGAAGAACCUCUCCGUGCUGCAGUCGGCCAAUGAGGAGGAGGCUUUGAAUCUGCUCUUCCUGGGAGACACCAAUCGGAUCAUCUCAGAAACUCCAAUGAACCAGACGUCUACGCGCUCCCACUGCAUCUUCACCAUCCACGUGUGCAGUCGUCAGCAGGGCUCGGCCACCGUGCGCCAGUCCAAGCUGCACCUGGUCGACCUGGCCGGCUCCGAGCGCGUCGGCAAAACGGGCGUCGGAGGGCACACGCUCACCGAGGCCAAAUACAUCAACCUGUCCUUACACUUCCUGGAGCAGGUCAUCAUUGCCCUUUCUGAGAAGAACCGGUCUCACAUCCCGUACCGUAACUCCCUGAUGACCUCGGUGCUGAGGGACAGCCUGGGAGGAAACUGCAUGACCACCAUGAUCGCCACCAUCUCUGUGGAGACCAGAAACCUGGAUGAGUCCAUCUCCACAUGCCGCUUCUCCCAGCGAGUUGCCAUGAUCAAGAACGAGGCUCUACUCAACGAGGAACUGGACCCAGCACUGCAAAUCGUGUGUUUGAAGAGGGAGAUCCAGACCCUGAAGGAUGAGCUGUCCCUCCUGACAGGAGAGCAGAGGGGGGAUGAACUGAACCCUCAGGAGACACAAAGACUUCAGGAGCAGGUCCGAGUGUUUGUGGAUGAUCCAGACCCCGAGGUGGAACUGAGCCUGGGCCCGGACAUGAAGAAAAUCAACUACUGUUUCUGCAUGCUAAAGGCGAUGAUCCGCGAGGGUCCGUCGUCUAGCAGCAGGAGGAGUGGCGACAGCUCGGCGCGUCAGCAUGAGGCCGAGGCGGAUCAGGUGAAGGGCCCGUCGCCCACAGAACUGAAGAGGCUCAAAGCCAUGCUGCUGCAGAGAGACAGCGAGAUCAGCAUCUUGGUGAGCAUGUUGAAAAGGGAGAAAAAGCGUGCCCAGGAUGCUGUAGCUCGCCUUAGCUUGACCUCCAUGAAUCAGCUGCCAACAUCACCACCACCACCAUCAUUACUACCCCCACCACAGGGGUCACCUGCGCCCGCCACAUACACACACCUGCCUAACACAUCUACACACCUGGACACAUCUGCAACCACACACCUGCCCUCCACAUCCACACACCUGAACGACUCAGCCACACACUUGGACAACUCACACCUACACACACACGCACCUGCACACACAUCCACACACGUCUCCUCCACGUCCACCUCACACCUGGGCGACGCGGUCACACCUGUGUCCUCCAUGUCCUCUCACCUGUCCACAUCAUCAACACACCUGUCGUCCACUACGACCUCCUCCUCACACCUGGACGACUCCCCCAGAGGAAGAGGAAGGGGAGCAAGGGAAGCUCACCAUGCACAAAGGAGACUGAAGAUGCAAGAGUUUUCAGCCGGGCAGCAAGAGGCCUUUGAGAUCUUCAGAAGGGACCAUGACGACCGGCUGGUGAUAGAGCAACACAAGACGAUACUGAAGCAAAGGUAUGCGGAGGCCAAGGCCUUGGGGUUAAAGGUCAACAAUAUAAGAAGCAAAGUCAAUGACCUGAAGAAACAGCUGGAGCUGAGGAGGAAACAAGUGGCUGUGCAAGGCAUGACGGAGGACUCUGCGGCCUCUAAGGAUCCGGACCCCGUGGAACAGAGGCUGCUCGCUGACAUCAAGGAGGAGAAGAGCCACUACAAGACUUGCUUUGGGCGUCUGAAGGGCCUGAAGACGGAGAUCGAGCAUCUACAGCUGCUGCUGGAUAAGACCAAAGUCAAGAUCCUCAUGGACUUCCAGGAGUGGUGGAGCCAGGAGGCGCACAGGACACAGGGGAGCCAGGAGGCGCACAGGACACAGCGUCAGAAGUCAGACGUGUCCCCUGCUGCCCUGGUCUCCUCUACACAUGUCACCACUCCCCCUGUCACCAGUGGCCUAUCAUCUGUCAGGCGGGAGACAAGCACCUCGGCAUCCCCUUUGCCGCUCUCCAAGGACUACAACCACACUAGAGCCCUGUCCUCCACCAAUCUGUCCGAGUCUUCUGUCCCGCUGACGGGAGAUGAGAAAGUCGACGCGGACAUUCUGGCCUUCUUCAAGGCACGGCAAAGCCUGCUCAACAGAACAGGGCUGUCAAGAGAAGAGAAGUGAGCCGAUCUUCAUGACCGGAGUCUGUCUGAGUCAGAAUGUCAGAAA